AUGUUUAAAUACUUCUUAAAAACAAUUAUGAAGACAAUAAAUUUUAUAAAUGAUCAAGAUGAAUUAUUAUAGAUAGAGAAAGAUAUUGAACUUUAGAAUAUGAAACCAUUUGGUAUCAUUUCAAGUUAUUAUUUUGGCCAUUAAUAAAAAAGUUAGAAUUAAUAAUAGUUAAAUCAGAUAAAAUAAUAUAUGUAAAAAUUAUAGAUAAUAUUAAACUAUUCAGAUAAUAAGAUAAUUACUUUUGACUUUUGGAGGGACAUUUGAGGUAUAAAUAAAGAAUUAAAAGAUUAAUGAAUUUUAAUAAGGAAAGAUAUUUUCUUUGUUUCCAGGAGUGAUUGUAGUAGAUGAUUUAGAUAUAGAUGCGAUACCUAUUAAUUUUGAUAUUGAAAAAUAAAUAGUUGAAUAAUAUUUGAGUUUAGAUGAAUGUAAUUGUUAAACAAACGAAUAAAUUGAAUUGGAGGAUGUAGAAUUAUAUUAACUUGAUAAUAAAAUAUUUAUUUCUCAUAAUACUAAUUGUGGUUCUUAUAUAUUAAGUGUGUGGUUAAGAGUAUUAAAAAUAGAAAUGGAAUCCGAAGAAUUUAAUUAUUAAUUUAUGAAAUUGCCAUCAAAUACAUAGAAUUCAUAGUAAUUAAAUGACAAUAUAUCAACCUUUUAAUUAUUUUAUAUCUUCUAGUGAAACUAAAUUAUUGAUAACAACUUAUACAUAUGAUUUUCCUAUUUUCACAUCAGAUUCAUUAGAUAGUAUUAUAAUUAUUGAGAGAGAAUUUUUGCUAUAAAAGGAUAACAUUAAGUUUUGGCAUUAUUUAUUUAUAGAACUAUAAGAUUAUUUAAUGAAUAUUGAAAUAAGUUAUUAUGAUUUAAGUAAGGUCUUAUUUUAGGAAGCUAAAGUUGAAGUGAAAUAAUUUCAUAAUUGUUAAUUUAUUUUAAGAUAUGGUAAUGUUUAGUAGAAUACUAAAAAUUAUUUAAAUAUGUAAGUAGGAAAUUUAUAAUUAACAAAUUGUAAAGAAGAUUAAAAGAUAAAAAAAUGUCAUUAUAGUUGUUUAGAUUGUGAUGGUCCUAAUAAAUCUAAUUGUUUAAUCUUGUUCUAUUGAAUCAUAGAGGAUUUAUGAUGCUUAAUUUAAACAUUGCAUUUGUCCAUAUUCUACAAUCGAUUAUAAUAAAAUAUGUAUUACUAAUGUAUUUUAAAAUCUAUAAAUAAAACAGAAAUAAUAGAAUAAUGUAAAUAAGGAUAUUUUGAAUUAGAUGGAGAUUGUAUAAGAUGGUAUUGUUUAUUUAUUAAUUAUUAGUCCAUCUAGAAUAAAAGAUGAUUUAAUAACAUGUUAUGAUUGUUUUCAAAAUAUAAAAGAUUGGAAGACUUAAAUAAAUACAUUAUUAUUUGAAUCUGACAAUUAUUUAUAUGAAAACUAAUGGAUAAUGUUUUAUUGUUAUUUUGAGAUAACUUUAGGAUAAACAAUAUUUGGAUUUUAUAAUUCUUAAUAAGUUUUGCCACUUUAGAUUGUAAAUGAUCUACCUCAAUUUUUAGAUAAAAUAAAACAUAAUGUUGGAAAUGUUUAUUAGUACAAAGAUUAGGAAGGAAAAUUGA